CUGCCACAGCAAAUAUAGAGCCAAUAUAGAACUUACGCAAAUCCCUGUACAUUCUCGUGUAACCUACACGAAACUUAACAACUUCAAUGAGUGUAACUCACACUCGUCCUCAAAACAUGCGCGAUAGUUUUAUCAUAUUCUGCACGAUGAUCAUUACUUCCGCAACAACUUCGUGAAACAAUACUCCGUAAAGUAACAUUAUUUUUGUUAAAAACAACGACGAGUGGAAGAGAACGAAGGCUGGACAUGAGCUCUGACAACAGUCGUGCUUGAAUUCUGUUUUCAACGUCGUCGAGUAAUAUUGACCGUCAUUGAGGAAGCGUCGCCGCGUUGUUAUAACCGGAGUCCUAGGCACGAUGGUUCCUCCUAGGACGUGCAUUUCUGUAAUGUUCAUUUUACUUGCAUUUUCCUUCGUACAUGAAGUUCACGGUCAAGAAGAAAAAAGUUCGAAGAAAAAGCUUCAAAUUGGCGUAAAGAAGAGAGUAGACAACUGUCAGGUGAAGUCGAAGAAAGGGGAUUUCUUACACAUGCAUUAUAAGGGUACUCUGGAAGAUGGCACUGAAUUUGAUAGCAGCUAUGGGCGAGGACAACCCCUUACAUUUACACUGGGGUCUGCACAAGUCAUCAAAGGCUGGGAUCAAGGAUUAAUGGGAAUGUGUGAAGGAGAAAAACGGAAAUUGGUUAUACCACCUGAGUUAGGGUAUGGAUCAACAGGAGCCCCUCCUAAGAUUCCAGGAGAUGCAACACUAAUAUUUGAAGUUGAAUUAGUGAAGAUCGAGAGAAGAGAUGAUCUCUGAGAUAAUGAUUGUUAUAUUUUUGAACAUACAAGGAUCUUAGGACAUCAUUUUAUACAGCAUUUAAUAGUGAAUAUUUAAGGCUGAAUAAAUUUCAGCACUGUAUCACAUUCUAAAUAGCCAACAAAUGCAUAUGGAGAUUGCAUACUAGCAAUUUGAAACAAAAACAUAUUUAAAAAAUAAUAUAUUUGCCACAUGAGCAAUAUUUACAGCAGCGUAAGUUAAAAACGUUCAACAAUGCUCGGAAGAACAUUUGUAGCUUAAAAAUAUUUUACUAAAAGUGUCUUGGUUUGAGCGUCCUUUUCAAGCUAAUGAACCAAGAGUUUAUUCAUAACUCUGUAAUUGUAAAUGAGUAUUCAUUUUGAAGAGAUUUUUAAGGAAAAGACUUGGAAAUACUAACUGUAUGGUAUUAUGAACUUAUUUACCAGUAUUGACAUUAGCCAUUAGAUUUUAUCAAGGCACAUGUCAAGUUAGAAAUGGUAAGUUCGCAUAUAAAACUGUAAGCAUUUAUAAUUGUCAAAAUAAAUAUCUAAAAUGAAUUCUAUGAAGAAAAUGUAAUUCGGCAAGUAAAGGGAUGCCCCCUUCUGGACAUUUUUCUCUCUCACAUUUGUUCUUAACAAUUUUGUAAAUAGUAAUUGGAAUAUCCCACCAUAUAUUAGAUGUAAUUAACCCUUUGAUCAUCUCCAUAGCAAUUUGCUAUUGGAAGAUUGUCAGACAUCAUUGCUUAAGAGUUUUUGAGCCAAUCAGAGUAUUGAAUUUUUAAUUAGUGAAAUCUGAAAUUAAUUUAU